UGUCCCCACGCUGACCACGCCCCCCGCAGGCCAAGGACAGCGACGAUGAGGACGAGGUGGUGACGGUGGACAGGGAUCACUUCAUGGACGAGUUCUUCGAGCAGGUGGAGGAGAUCCGGGGCUGCAUCGAGAAGCUCUCGGAGGAUGUGGAGCAGGUGAAGAAACAGCACAGCGCCAUCCUGGCGGCGCCAAACCCCGAUGAGAAGACGAAGCAGGAGCUCGAGGACCUCACGGCCGACAUCAAGAAGACGGCGAACAAAGUGCGCUCCAAAUUGAAAGCCAUCGAGCAGAGCAUCGAGCAGGAGGAGGGGCUCAACCGCUCCUCGGCCGACCUGCGCAUCCGCAAGACACAGCACUCGACGCUGUCCCGGAAGUUCGUGGAGGUGAUGACCGAGUACAACGCGACGCAGUCCAAGUACCGCGACCGCUGCAAGGACCGGAUCCAGCGCCAGCUCGAGAUCACUGGCCGGACCACGACCAACGAGGAGCUGGAGGACAUGCUGGAGAGCGGCAAGCUGGCCAUCUUCACCGACGACAUCAAGAUGGACUCGCAGAUGACCAAGCAGGCGCUGAACGAGAUCGAGACGCGGCACAACGAGAUCAUCAAGCUGGAGACGAGCAUCCGGGAGCUGCACGACAUGUUCGUGGACAUGGCCAUGCUGGUGGAGAGCCAGGUAACACCUGGGGACAGGUGUGACACCUGGGGACAGGUACGGACAGGUACAGACAGGUACGGACAGGUACAGACAGGACAGGUGACACCUGGGGACAGGGACGGCGUCCGGGAGCUGCACGACAUGUUCGUGGACAUGGCCAUGCUGGUGGAGAGCCAGGUAACACCUGGGGACAGGUGUGACACCUGGGGACAGGUACAGACAGGUAUGGACAGGUACGGACAGGUACAGACAGGACAGGUGACACCUGGGGACAGGUGACACAGGUAUGGACAG